CGUAUUCAAGGAAAACGAGUAGAAUUUAGUUUGUUGUGUUCCUGGGUAUCUGUUUCAUAUUUACGUUAGAUCUAUAAACAUUUACGGCAGUCAACUCGUAUGUAGUACCGGGAGACAAUUUUUAUUUUGUCUGAAAAAUCACCGUGCUUCAAAAUUAUUUAGCUUAUUUAUUGAAAAAGUGGUAAAUACGUUGAAUAAAAAUGCCGGAAUACUAUGUAAUACCUAAUGAAGAUGGAGUGAAGAAAAUAAUGAAAGAAUAUGGUUUGUCAAAAGAUCAAAUUGAUAAGGAUGUAGCCACUAUCAGGGAUUGGAUGCUAACACAACCACAUUUACCCAAAUUUCCAGAAUCUAAAAAUGAUGAAUUGAGUUUUUGGAUUGAAGGGUUUCUACGACUGACCAAAAACAAUUUGGAAAAAACAAAACUAGGGGUUGAAAGUCAUUUUCGCUUAAAAACAUUGUUUCCACAGGUCUAUGAUGUGAAUGAUUUACCAAAUUACGUGGAAAGUGAAUUGUAUGAAUACUUAACCAUGGUUAUGUUACCCAAACACACGCCUGAUGGUCUCAAAAUAAUGUAUUAUAACUUCAAAGAUAGCAGUUCACAUUUGUUUCGGCCAAUCGAAAUAUACAAGAGAAUGCGUUUGAUGUUGGAUAUUUAUCAGAGAAAAGGCAUCGAUUUUACCGGUAUUCACGUUGUGAUUGACACAAGGAAUAUUACGUUGUCGCACAUAAGUCAAUUCGACUUGUUUCAACUCAAGAACCUCAUUAAACUCGCACAGAAAGCAUAUCCAUUACGUUUGAAACACACUCAUAUUUUGUUCCCACCAAGUUUUAUUGACGUGGCUAAAAAUAUCUUGAAACCAUUUGUGUCGAAAAAAAUGUUUGCCAGAUUAUCUUUCCAUAAGAACCUUGAAACACUCUGGGAACACAUACCAAGAGAUAUACUUCCAAUCGAAUAUGGAGGAUAUAAUGGCAAUUUGGACGUAAUAAGAGAGGAAUGGAAAACAUUGAUAUUGAAGAACAAUGAUUGGUUUUUGUCCAACGUAAAUUAUAAAUCAGACGAGUCUAAAAGACCAAAAAAGAAAAAAUCAUUUUCCUGCGAAAAAAUCUCGUUUAAGACUUUGAUUUUGGACUAAAAAUUUGUGUGGGUAAAUUAUAUAAAAUUAUUAUUAGACAUUUUUUUUUAAAAAAUUAUAUUAAUUAUAUCUGAAUUUUGU